AUGAAGUUAUUUGGACUUUCAUAUAAGAAAUUGGGAAGGCUAGCUAAUAAUCGUAUUAAUCACAUUAAACAUAAUAAUAAUUAUUAUUAUCACAACAAACAUGAUUACCAUAAUAAUAAUGAUCAUAGUGAUAAUAAUAAUAAUAGUAAUAGUUGUUUGAUAUACAAUCCUUUUAUAAUUAAAUUUUAUUUAUAUAACAAUUCAAAGAUAAAUAUUGAUGUAUAUAUAAAAUUAAUUUCUUUGUUAAAUAUAAAUAAAGAAGAAGAUUAUAAAUAUAAUAAUAUUUUAAAUUCUUCUUGUUUUAAGGAUGCCAAUUUAAUUUUAUAUAAAUACUUUCAAUAUGUAGAUAAAAAAAAUGGAAAUGAAAAAAUAAUUAAACUAUUGUCUCUUUUAUAUUCAAAAAAUAUAAGAGAAUACCAAGAUAAGAACAUGUACUUGUUUAAUUCGUCAAUACAUUUAAAUAGGAUAUUUUUUAAAAAUAUAUUAAAAUAUCAGGACAGAUUAAAAAAUAAUAUAACAACUGAUAUAUCAUAUAAUAAUAAUAAUAAUAUAUAUUCUAUGAAUACGGAUUUUUUUUUAUUUACUCUGGAUUUUUACUUAUAUUAUUUAUCAAGGAAUUGUAAUAUGCUAAAUAUAAAUGAACUGAAUAUAAUGUCUGAGAUAUAUUCAAAUAUAAACAUAACAAUAAAUAAUGAGAAUAACAAAUUUUUGGAAGAAAAUAAAGAAAACAAAAAAACAAGUAAUAUUUACUAUAAUCAUAUAAAGGAUAAACAAAAUAUAUGUUACAAUUAUCCUUAUAAUGAUGAUAAAAAUAUUUCUUCUAAUUAUUAUAUGUGUGAAGAUAAAAAGAAUAAUGUAGAUAAAGAUAAAUAUAUAGAUCCACACACAUAUAAUAAUAAAAUAUGUCUAUUAUUUAUAUAUAUUAGCUCUAGUAUUGUAACACAAACAUUUAAACAUAUAAUGAAAAAAGAAAAUAAUGAAGAAAAAAAUAUAUAUGAUAAUAAAAACAAAAAAUCUUUAGACCAUUUGAUUAGUAAAAAUAUCAAUGAAUGUAAACAUAUUUUAUACAAUAAUUUAAUAAACAAAAGUGUUAAUGAACAAUAUAUAAGAUAUAUAAUUUUAAGAAGAAAAUAUUGUUGUAAAAAUUUAAAUAUAAAUGUAUUAAAAAAAUAUCUUAAUAGUAUAAAAUAUUUAAAUAUAAUAAAUAUAAAAAAGAGUUUUUAUUAUAUAUGUUAUUUAUAUUAUAAUUCAUAUCUAUUUAAUAAGUCUAUAUAUUACUCUUCUUUAAUAUUUUAUUUAUUACAAAAAUAUAAUUUGCAUUAUACUUAUAUAUAUCAUAUAUUGUUGAUAAAAUUUAAUUUAUUUCUAUUAUAUCAUAAUAAAAUAUAUAAUGAUUAUAAUAGACAGAUACUUUUCUAUGGAAUUAAUAAAUAUAUUGAUUCAAUUAUAAUAUCUAGAAUAAAAAAAAAUGACCGCAUAAAUACAAUAAAGCAUAUGUCCUCAUUGUUUCAUUCACAUAAUUUUUAUAAUAACAUAUAUGGAAAGGAAUAUGUAGACAAUGAAUCAAUACACGAUAGAUUAUUUAAUAAAGUAUAUAUCAUUCAAAAUAAAGAACAAGAAAAAAUAACAAAAAAAAGAAUAAAAAAAAAAUGUAACAACUUACAUUUAUUACAAAUAACCUAUUUUGAAUAUUUAAUUUUAAAUCUGUUUAAAUAUUUGUAUAAAAAGAUUCCAUGGGUUCAUUAUAAAAACAAUAACAAUAAAUUAAAUAUAUUUAACAUUAAUUAUGUGAACAAUUAUGAUGGAUACUCUUCUUUAUAUAUAUAUGAAAAAUAUGCAGACAAGAUAUUUGAUACAUAUUCUAUAACAAUGUCAGAAAAUUAUUUAUCUAAUAUUAUACUUCUAACAAUAUAUAUACAAACAUGUAUGCCAAUUCUUUUUUCUUAUAUACAAAAAUUAUAUAUAUUAGAGAAAGUAAGAAUAAAAAAUUAUGUUAAUUAUAAAAGUCAAAAUAAAUUAAAUAUGCUAAUGAGAAAAAAUCAUCGUAGAUCUAAUGUAUAUAAAAAAUUUAUAUUUUUAAAUAAUACAAAUGGAAAUAUGUAUGAAUAUAUAAAAGAAAUAAUUUAUAACACAUAUAAGGUACCUAUGUGUAAUGAUAAAUAUAUGAACAUUUUUAUAUACAAAAAAAUAAAAAGAAAAGAAAAAAAAAUUGAAAAUAAUAAUAAUCACAUAUAUAAUAAUAAUAAUAAUAGUCAUAUUUCUUAUUUUUUAAGUUGCAUUUAUAAUUUAUUCAAAAAGAAAAUAUUAGAAAAUAACAAUGUGGAGGAAUACUAUUCAAAAAAUAUCUAUAAAACUAAAUAUAUAGACCAACAUAAUAUAUUUAAUAAUAUAAGAAACAAUAAAAAUAAUAAAAUUAAAACUAGUCUUACACACUAUUAUAUAAGUAGUAAUAUAAAAAAUAUUUAUAAUGAUAAUAAUUUAUAUAAUGAAAAAAAUAUACUAACAUUUUUUUGUGAUAUAUAUUUUAAUAACCAUAUUAUUGAAAUAGAUGGACCUAAACAUUUCUAUCUUUAUUAUAAUUAUGAAUAUCAUAAUGACCAUUUUAUUAGUCCUUUUAUUUUAAAAAAUAUAGAUAUUUUUAAUUAUAAAUAUCUCUUCCCAUUCUUCUUUAAUAGUACAAAUAAAAUAAUAAAAAAUAUAGGAAGCGAUUAUUAUAUAUAUAAUGACAAGAGUAUUAAAAAAAAUUUUUUUUUGUAUAUUUGUGGCUACUUUAUUAAACAUAUCAAUUACAAGGAAAAGGAUAUAACAGAUUAUAAAUAUUUAUAUAAUCUAAUAUAUAAAAAAAAAUCCGACUUACACAUAAGAUAA